UUUUUUUUCAUCAAAUUUUAAUCUUCAUAACACAUAAUACCCAAAUUUGUAUAUAAUGCGGGUACUUUUAACAUUAUUAACGAUACUUUUAACGAGUAAUACGUUAAUAAAUGGAACAGCACAUCGUAUUCAUUUACAUCGACAAACACGAGCACAACAAUCAUCGGCAUCGUCACGAUUAAGUUAUGACGAAACAUCAACAUCAUUAGAUUUUAAUUAUCAUAAUUAUGAACAACUUACCAAAUAUUUACGAACAAUGAACUCACGUUAUCCAAAUUUAACGGCUUUAUAUUCGAUUGGAAAAUCUGUACAAGGCCGUGAUUUAUGGGUAAUGGUCGUAUCUGCAUCUCCUUAUGAGCACAUGUUAGGAAAGCCUAAUAUUAAAAUUGUUGGAAAUAUCCAUGGAAAUGAAGUUGUGGGACGUGAAUUAUUACUUCACCUUAUCGAGUACUUAGUGGAAAAUUAUCAAUCGGAUAAAUUUGUAAAAUGGCUAUUGGACAAUACCCGAAUUCACUUUUUACCAUCAAUGAAUCCCGAUGGAUUUGAAGUAUCCAAAGAAGGAAUGUGUGAAGGCGGCCAAGGACGGUACAAUGCACGUGGUUUCGAUUUAAACCGAAAUUUCCCCGAUUACUUCAAACAGAAUAACAAGCGAGCUCAACCUGAAGCAGAAGCAGUUAAAGAAUGGGUUAGCAAAAUUCAAUUUGUACUUUCUGCUAGUCUGCAUGGAGGAGCUUUAGUUGCAUCAUAUCCAUUCGAUAAUACACCAAAUGCCAGAAUUUGUAGGUCAUCAGUGUUAUGCGCACUGUUCCAAGCUUAUGGUGGCACACCAUCUUUAACUCCUGACGACGAUGUUUUCAAACACUUAUCCUACACUUACUCCAAAAAUCAUGGGAAAAUGUCAAAAGGAGUGUCUUGCAAGCGGGUAACAAAUCAUUUUGAGAAUGGUAUAACAAAUGGCGCAGCCUGGUAUCCACUUACUGGCGGAAUGCAAGAUUUCAAUUAUGUUUGGGGUGGUUGUAUGGAAAUUACAUUGGAAUUGUCUUGUUGUAAAUAUCCACCAGCGUCAGAACUGCCAAAAUAUUGGGAAGAUAACCGUAAUUCGUUGCUGAAAUUUAUGUCUGAAGUACAUCGUGGUGUCCAAGGUUUUGUCAUGGAUGAAAAUAAUAAUCCUGUAGAGAAAGCAGCAUUGAAGAUUAAAAGUCGGGACGUUGGUUUCCAAACUACUAAAUAUGGAGAAUUUUGGAGGAUUUUAUUACCAGGAGUCUACAAAUUAGAGGUUUAUGCCGAUGGAUAUUUACCUAAAGAAGUUGAAUUUAUGGUCAUCGAAAAACACCCCACAUUAUUAAAUGUAACAUUAUUCUCAUCAAAGUAUUCUGGACGGCCAGGCGUUUCCCAAACAAAUAAUAAGCGAAAUGACGGUGUAUACUACAGACCGCAUAUACCAUCAGCAUCACAACAAUAUCAUCAGCAUCAGGCAUUAAGUGUACCAAAUCCACCAGAUUCUGGUAUAUUCUCAUCAAUAUCAAAUGGCUUUAGUAAUCUUGUAUCAAAUAUCUUUGGAUAAAACCAAAAAUCAGACAAACGUUAUCUUUGAAUGGAUAAGCUUCAAAAAUUCAUUAUGUUCAAAGUAUUUAUUAGCUUUAAAUAAUUUAUGCAUUUCAAUUUUUUAAAACACUUUUCCUGCAAUAAAACAAACACGAGCCAAGUAAAAAAUACUGUUUUUUUUUUACUUUUAUAUUUUUUUUGAUCUCUUUGUAGUAAAUAGUAAAAUGAAUUUUUUUUAAAUUUAUUUUUUUGGGACUGAUUAAUUGGAUCCGGACAUCUGGUGACAGUAAAUUUAACAGAACUUACAAGCGAGUACAAAAUUUUAGUCAAGAAAUAUUGGAUCUAUUCCGAAAUACACACGAACUCUGCUUGAUAAUUAUGGAGGGUAGAGAUAAAGAGAAUCAUCUCUGUAUAUAAAAAGGGUCCACAAAAAGCAGAAAAUUGUUUGAGCAAGACUGUAAGUGUUAAAAGAAAGUAAUAAGAGUAAGAUAAAGGUCUAAACAAGUUGUUAGAAAAAAAUGGAGUUGAUGUCAAACACCUUUUGCUACACCAGCGUCAUUCUGAUUAAUUUUAGAACUGUUAUUUUCUGUUUUCAACUGGACACUUUUAUUACUUUGACGCCUAUUUAAGAUUGUCCUCCUUACCUCUACUCUUCAGAUUGAUAAUGUUGAUUUUUACGAGAUAACGCCUGAUGGUAUAAAAUCGAACUAAGUUUACGAUGCAAAUAAUAAUGUAUUGAUGGCAGGUCACAAUUUUUUUCUAGUUAUUUUUAGUUAAUAUAUUAUUUAAUUAUUUAUCGGUUAAUUUCUUUAAAAUAUUUAAAAACGUUUCAUUCCAUUUAAAGGAUUCUUCGGAUAACUUUUCCGAAAGUAAUUUUUGAGUAAACACGAAAUCAUUAAAUGUCAGCCCUCUUUUUGUAGAAUCGAAGAAUGUAAAAACACACUUUCCUCUCAAAAAUUUAAGGAUUUUGCUAUUUAUUUUUCGAUUUUCUUUUAAUUAAGACUUUUAUUUGGAGAAACUGUAAUGUUAUAUAGAAAUUGUUUUCGAAUUUGUGGUAGAUUAAUGUAAAUGGAAUGAAACCGUGAAAAUUAUUGCAGAAAAAGGAAAAUUUUGUUAAAAUUAAGAUACGUAUGUAUGUAAAUGUUAUAGUAUAUUGUGCAACGAGUUUGGGUAUUGUAGACUACUCAUGAGAACGAAGUUAGAAGCACGCGGACCAAGUGAGUGCUUUUACCGCUAAAGUGGGUAAUAGACAAGCCAUACGAGUUGCACACACUAUUUAAUAUUACGAAUGCAGGUUUAGUUCCCUCUUUCAACACCAUUUUCCAUACAACGACAAACAGCUAAUCGCGUACGCAAUGGAUAAUUUUAACUAAUUGUCGUACAGAAAAACAGUGUGGAAAGAAUACUUAACCCGCAUGAGUAAAAACAAAUUUUAUGUGAUGUUAAA